UUGAAACGGAGAGAGUAGUAAGCUGCAAAUAAGCUCUCACCGGUUUUCCUCGCCUCGUCACAUUUCCCUCCAAUGCUCCGUCGCAACGUUCCAUUCCUCACCACAAACCCGCCACCCAUCACAACCACCAUCCGCCAAAAAUCAAGCGGCGGAAGAAGACCAAAGAAAAAAACCUACCACCGCGUCCCAGAACUCGACAGAGUAAUGUCCCUUCGCAAAAAACCAUCCCUAAUCCUCGAACUCAAAACCCUAAUCCAAUCCCAACCCAAAAACAACCCUCUCUUCCUCCGUGAUCUCGAGAAAAACAUCGGCUUCGUUCGCAAAUGGGAUUUCAUGACCCUCAUUGAAAAACACCCCACAAUUUUCCGUGUAACUGGCUCUCCCCCUUUUGUGAAUUUAACCGAUAAGGCCGAAAGAGUGGCGAACGAAGAAGCCGAGGCGAAAGUUUUGAUGGAGCCGAUUUUGGUUAAUAAUUUAAGGAAGAUGCUUAUGCUUUGUGUUGAUUGUAGGAUUCCACUUGAAACGGUUGAGUUUGUUGGGAAUGAGAUGGGUUUGCCUUGUGAUUUUAAGGAAUGUUUGAUUGGGAAGUAUCCGCAGUUUUUUUCGAUUAAGCGGUUUAAUGGAAGGGAUUUUGUUUAUUUGGAGGAUUGGGAUUCUACUUUGGCUGUUACUGCUAGAGAAGCUAGGUUGGCACAGGAAGGAAUUGUGAACGCAAAGCCAAACGAUGAUAAGAAGAAGGUGAAGAUUUCAAAAGAUGGAAACUAUGCUGGUCCAUAUGCAUUCAAAGUGAACUUUCCUGCUGGUUUUAGGCCAAAUGUUAAUUUCCUUGAACAGUUUGAGAGGUGGCAGAAAUUAGAGUUUCCUUCUCCUUAUUUGAAUGCAAGGAGGUUUGAUGCUUCAGAUCCGAAGACUCGAAAACGGGCCUUGGCAGUGAUUCACGAGCUCCUCAGCUUAACCAUGGAGAGGAGGAUGACUUCUGCACAGCUGGAUGCAUUUCAUGCAGAGUGUUAUUUACCGUCGCAAUUGCUGCUUUGUUUAAUAAAGCAUCACGGGAUAUUUUACCUCACUAAUAAAGGGGUAAGGAGUACAGUCUUCCUCAAGGAUGCAUAUGUUGGUUCGAACUUGAUAGAUAAGUGUCCUUUAUUGCAAUUUAAUGAUAAAUUUGUGGCACUCUGUGGUAGAGGAAAUGUUGAUUUGUGUAACAGCAAGAGUUCUUUACAAGCUGUUCUUUAGGGUUGAAUUUUCGUGAUUAGGUGUCUCUGCUUCUCUCCCUUCAUGAAGGAGAGAUAAGGAGAUUAUUCCUUAUUUUAAGAAAACCGAUGGAAGAUUCUUCCACAGAAUUUGUUAUUGGAUUAUUCUGAUUGUUGGCACCUUGCAAGCGUCAAGAUUAAGGUGCUGUAGAAAAGUGUAUCAUUUAGUUAACAAUUUUCAACUCUAAUAAUCCAAUGUGUAUUUAUGCCCUCAAAGAACUUAAUCAUCUCUCAGAUCACACUUUCAGGAUGAUAGAAAAUGGUGUGUAUGAGGCUUGAAUGGAGACUUUGGCAUUAUAUGUAACCAUCAACAGGAUCUUAGCUUGCACGUGCUCCAUAUAGUGCAUAUAUGGCUGACAGGUUAAGGACGUGUAAUCACUUCAAGAGAAGCCAUCAGAGUUUUGGUGCAGUAAUUUUUCUGACUGCUUAUACUGCUUCGUUGAGGAAUUGUUUUUGAUGUAUAAAUCCAGCCCCGGUCGGCAGUUAGCUAUAAUAAAUUGGGAUUUUUCCGACUUAAUAUUGAUACAGCAUACACCAGUCAUUGUCAUCGGUAUAGAGAAGAUCCUUUGGUGAAUUUAUGGAUGGAAAUUUUUAGUGCAUUAAAUGGUUAAACUAUGAGAGAAGACAAAUUCUUAUAGAAUGGACUCAUGAUGUCAUUUUUCUCCAAUAAUGAGUGACUCAGUCUGACCUCAGAUUUUAUACAAUUUUAGAAAAUGCAAGUUCUUUGAUGGUUAGCCUGUGAUCGGAGAUUGAAUAUGUACCUUAUCGAAAGAAGUUAUUGUUGUAUCCUCCUGUUCAAUGACAUUAUACAUGGAGGUUCAUGCUGAGGAAGAGUCAUAUGGUUGAAAAAGUUUGAUUUUGAGUAUCUGAUCCAGAUUUUUCAACAAUGGUAUGAACUGUAUUGGUGACUUAAUUGUCUGAUAUGAAUUGGUUUUAAAAUGAUUGCAUGAAGAACCAGAAUGAAGUAAUAAUCAUAUAGUUGAAGAUAUAGUGGUUGUUUUUGUUUGAAACAACCUCAUGGCAGUGGUAUGAAUGUCAUUUUAACUCUUUUUUUUUUUAAUACUAAAACUAAGAAAUAAACUAGUAAACAUGAUUGAUUUUAUUUACUUUCAAGUACCGAGUCAGUGAUGUUUAUCCAUUCAAUGCAUGACAUUGAGAUUAAUUGAAUUAUUAUGGUUGAAUUAGCUGUUUAUAA